AUGACUCGAAAUCACAGAGCCCUUCUUCUUCUAAGCUUAGCUGCACUCUACACCGGCGCUACGGCUGCCGGCGCGGCGGCUCGGCCACGCGGUGUUGGUCCUGAAUUCGCUAAAUUCUAUAAGGAUUCCUCGACCUUUACAUGUAUAUCCAACCCGUCUAUUACGAUUGCAUAUUCCGCCGUUAAUGACGACUAUUGCGAUUGCCCCGACGGUAGUGACGAGCCCGGAACUUCAGCCUGCUCCUUUAUAUCAAACUUCUCUCCUUCGUUUAUAUCUGAUCCGGGAGACGAGAAGAGCAAUCGAACUCCAGCGCUCCCUGGGUUCUAUUGCAAAAACAAGGGACACAAACCCUCCUACGUACCCUUUCAACGGGUAAACGAUGGAGUAUGCGAUUACGAUUUAUGCUGCGAUGGAAGUGAUGAGUGGGCACAUCCAGGGGGAAUAAAGUGUGAAAACAAAUGUAAAGAGAUUGGAAAAGAAUGGAGGAAGAAAGAAGAGUCAAAGCAGAAAUCACUCAAUGCUGCGAUGAAAAAACGAAGAGAUCUUGUUCAGGCAGCCUCCAAGUUAAAAAAAGAGACAGAGGAUCGGGUUAAGGACUUGGAGGUAGAGGUCAAGGCGUCGAAAAUCAAAGUUAGGGAGCUGGAGAAAGAGGUCGAGAAGGUAUUCGCCAGAGAUAGGGGAAAGAUUGUCAAGGGAAAAAAACAGGGCAAAGUCAAUGUUCUUGCAGGGCUUGCAAGGGAUCGCGUGGAAGAAUUGCGAACGUCGUUGGUAGAUGUGCGCUUUCAAAAAGAACAGCUUGAAACCCGGUUGACUGAGUUGGAGGGCUUGUUGUCCAAAUUCAAAGACGAAUACAACCCCAACUUCAAUGAUGAAGGCGUCAAACGUGCGGUGAGAAGUUGGGAAGAUUAUGUUGCCAAAGACCACAGUGAUAUGGCGCCACCCCACCAGGACCUUGACGAAUUAACCAAACCCGAUGGUCCUGAUUCUGGUAUCAACUGGGAACAGUGGGAGAAUGAACAGGACGAGUCGGGGAUGUCUCUCAUCUACAAAGUGGCAGCGUACUUGCCGCCAUCCCUAGUCAACUACAUGGAGGAUAAACUGGCAGAAUUCAGAUCACUCCUGAUUUCGAAUGGUAUCCUUGCCGAACCAGACACUGAUUCCAAUGAAACCCAGGCUGUUCGAGAGGCUCGCGACCGGCUCAGUGCUGCCGAGUCUUCGCUCUCAACGUUGGAGAGUUCACUCGCAGAACACAAAGAGGAUCUCGGAAAGGAUUUUGGGAAAGAUUCCGUAUUUCUUGCGCUUAAAGGCAGUUGUAUUUCCAAGGACUCCGGAGAAUACAAUUAUGAGCUUUGCUGGAUGGAUAGGACGACACAAAAAUCCAAAAAGGGCCGGGGUGAUACCGUUAUGGGCAACUUUGAUAAAGUUUCCUCUGUGACUAUUGACGAAGCGACUGCCUCGGGGCGGAUUGUCCCCAAAGAGAAAGUUGCAUUGGAGUACAUCAACGGCCAGAAAUGCUGGAAUGGGCCUUCGAGAUCAACCAAGAUCAUCUUGGAAUGCGGAGAAAACGAUGAAAUCUUGAAAGUUGCCGAGGAUGAGAAGUGUGUGUAUUCUAUGUAUGUGACCACGCCGGCGGUCUGUGAAUCCAGCAAUGACAAAAAAGCGAGUGGCGGGAGGGAUGAACUGUGA